CAAAGCGAAAGGGUUGGUCACUUGGACCAUUUUCUUUUCUGGGGUCGGCAGAUUUGACUCCGUCUCAUCGGUGCUGCGCAGGAUGACCGGUACGUCAAACCCAAACCUGUUGGAUAAGGGGGACAUAGGUCUUUAUUUGGAGUAAAUUUGAUACGUGCCUAAUAAUAUAUAGAGUAAACAGGGUUGGUGACAAUUGUAAACUAUUAUUUGCCAUAGUUGAAUGGUAAACGAGUUAAACAUGGUUGAAUAAUGAUCACAUUAGUUUCUUAAUGACUGUAUAUGAGGAAGCGACAUUAUCGAAUUGUGCGCCAUCCCCCUCGACUUUGUAGUCAUCAUAAAAGCAAUAAAACAAUGCGAUUAGCAGCAACAUUCAUUUACUUUAACUUGUAUCGAGUUCUCUUGAUCAUCGCAUUGUUGCCCUUUCGGCCAGAAACGUACACAAGAGGUGACUUACCAGCCUAGCACCAUAGCGGCCGUAACCACAAAGCACAACGAGAUGACACUAAUGUAGAAGGUGGGCGAGUAUUCGUACAACGUUACUAGAAACACAGCAGCCAUUUUCUCGUUAAUUUAGCUACGGAUUAAUCCGAUUUAGUGCUGAAAUACGGAUCAACAACAUCCAGGACGUCCAUGACAGUUGACAACAUCCACGCACGGUAGCCCGCAGGUCCAAAUCAGGCGCAAACGCGAAGCUGAGCAUUUGGGAGGAGCACUUAACGUUACCUACUAGCUGCCAUUGAUUUCAGCACUAACAACUCGCGUAAGGACAGGGGGGCCGAAGACUGGCGAACAGCGACAGAAAAUGGAACACAUACAACAUUUCGGGUAAUGCAUUUCUACAAUCUAAUGUUGAUCAGAAAUCAACAUUAAAACACGGCACUCGGAUGGUGCCAGCUGCGGAGAGAGAGCGAGGACUGCUCGUGUGAGACGCUUAUCCCUCCACUGUAGACGCAUCAUCACCAUCAUCAUUAAAGUACCAUUCCGUUUUGAUGUAUGUGCUGACCCUCGCGACCCUUCAGCUUGCGGCGAGUUAAUUAUUUUUGUCAAGUCAUGAGCAAUUUAAAUGAUACAUCGGCCAUCCGUCAACUGAGAUCUGAGAACAACUCGGUCAGCAGUAAUGACUGGGAUAUGGCAAAUGAUGUGUUUGUGUCCUGCUACGAGGACCCGAUGGCAAUCCACGGGGAGAUGGACUCCGUGCAGCCCGUCUUGGACAUACACCUGCCGCUGAUCCGAGCGGACCAGCACGAUAGCAUUCUGAUGGGCCUAGUGGAGGAGCAGUACUCGGGCUACCUCUCUCAUCCAGAGUCCGCCACGGGAUAUCUGGACGUGGACUCAAACUACACGGAAAGUGACGGGAGCGUGAGCACAAAGAAACGGAACCGGUCCAACAGUUCCAGACAGCGCGGGGAGGUCGUGACGGAUCUGGGACCCGAGGAGGUGCGCUGGUUCUACAAAGAGGACAAGAGGACCUGGAAGCCUUUCGUCGGGCAUGAUUCUUUAAAAAUCGAGAAGAUUUACAGGCGCUUUUGCGAGUUAAACCCAGAUAAGGUUAAGCGACGCGUCCCUUCUGACGCAGAGCUGGACUUGACCGAAAUUCAAGUGGAGAACGCGUCAACCGAGGCGGCAGCCGCUCAAGCGGACCCGGCUGUGGCGGAACGCAGUUCCGUUUCGGAUGAGAGGUUUGUGGACGGAAACGGCGUCAACGUGGAAGCGGUGUGCGUCCGAGGGGGGCUGUACGAGGUGGACGUCAAGGAGAAGGAAUGCUACCCCGUCUAUUGGAACCAACAAGACCGUAUCCCGGUGAUGCGCGGCCAGUGGUUCAUUGACUGCACCUGGCUGCCCCUGGAGGAAGACGAGAGCGACGCCAUCGAGCUGGAGCACCUGGCCCGUUUCCGGGGGCAACAGAUGCGGGACACCUACGAGCCGGAGGAGGCGGCCGCCAUAGCGACGGCCGCAGCGGCCGCAGCGCUGGAGACCAAGGAUGCUGUUCACAGUCUGAAGCUGAGCAGGAGUCAUGUGGACUGGCAUGGCGUGGAUGAGGUCUACCUGUACAGCGACGCCACCACCUCCAAGAUCGCCCGCACCGUCACCCAGAGACUGGGCUGGUCCAAAUCCUCAAGCAGCGGCACACGCCUCCACCGGGGCUGUGUGGAGGAGGCGGCCCCGGAGGACACGCCCCCGGAGACCACCCACAUUGUGUUCGUGGUCCACGGCAUCGGACAGAAGAUGGACCAGGGACGCAUCAUCAGAAACACCAGCAUGAUGCGAGACGCUGCCAGGAAGAUGGAGGAGAAGCACUUCUCCAACCGGACCACCGAACACGUGGAGUUCCUCCCUGUAGAGUGGAGGUCUAAACUGUCCCUGGACGGAGACACGGUGGACUCCAUCACCCCAGACAAGGUGCGCGGGCUGCGGGACAUGCUCAACAGCAGCGCCAUGGACAUCAUGUACUACACCAGCCCACUGUACCGCGACGAGAUCACGCGGGGCCUCACGCUGGAGCUGAACCGCCUCUACACGCUCUUCUGCACCCGCAACCCCGAGUUCCAGGAGAGCGGCAAGGUGUCCAUCGUGUCCCACUCGCUGGGCUGCGUCAUCACCUUCGACAUCAUGACGGGCUGGGACCCCGUGCGCUUCCACCACCAGGAGGCCCCGGACCCCGAGGAGACGCGCGCGCGCUGGCCCAGCCACGAGGAGCGCCACCUGCAGGAGCAGCUGCGCCUCACGCGCCUCCGGUUGAGGGACCUGGAAGACCAGUUCCAGGGUUUACAAACCUCUUCGUUUGAGGCUGUCCCAGCCUUGAAAUUCAAGGUGGAGAACUUCUUCUGCAUGGGCUCCCCGCUGGCGGUGUUCCUGGCUCUGCGCGGGAUCCGGCCCGGGAUCUUAGGCACCCAGGACCACAUCCUGCCCAAGUCCAUCUGCCAGCGCCUCUUCAACAUCUUCCACCCCACCGACCCUGUGGCAUACAGACUGGAACCCCUCGUUUUGAAGCACUACAGUAACGUUGCCCCUGUCCAGAUCAACUGGUAUAACACAGUCAACCCCAUGCCCUACGACCACAUCCGGCCGACACUGAUCAACCCUCUGAAGGAGAGCACUUCCAUCUCGGACUCUGACAGCCUGCCCAGCCCGUGCACCUCCCCUCCCCAGGGCCGGCGGCACUACGGAGAGUCCUUCACCAGCCUGGGGAAGGCCAGCUUCAUGGGCGCUGCGAGUAUCGGGAAGGGGAUCAGUGGGAUCCUCUUCUCCCGGUUUUCCCGCUCCAGCGGCCAUGUGGUAGGGCUGGAGGAGGAGCCGUCCGACCUGGAGUGCGGAGCCCCAGAGGGGGGGAGUGUGGAGGGGUCAGGGGAGGAGGAGGGGGGCGGAGCAGGGUUGCUGCUGUUGGAGGCCGAAGAGGAAGAGGAGGAGCAGAAGGAGGCGGAGCCUAUCAUGUGUCCGUCUCCGUCGGCCAUAUUGGACAGCACCUCAGUGGAGCUGGAGCAGCGCGUGGACUUCGAGCUGCGGGAGGGCAUGGUGGAGAGCCGCUACCUGACGGCGGUGACCUCCCACACGGCCUACUGGUGCUCCUACGACGUGGCGCUCUUCCUGCUCACCUUCAUGUACCGGCAGCAGGAAUACCCGGAGCCCCACCACGCAGAGCAGUCCUAGCACACACACACACACUGGCAUCUUAACACACACACACACACUGGCAUCUUGACGGACGCACAGGCGUCUUAACGCGCGCAUAAAUGCAGGCAUCUCAACACACACACACACACAGGAAUCUUAACACACACACAGGCAUCUUAAUACGCACGCACACACACACGCACACAUCAUCUUAACACACACACAGGCAUCUCAAUGCGCACACACACACAAAACAUCUCAACACACACACACACACACAGCAUCCCAACACACACACACAGGCAUCUUAACGUGCACACACACAGACAUACACAGGCAUCUUGACGCACACAUACAACCAUCUUUGUUCUCUCAAACAGACGCAUAUACAUGCACGUCUUAAUGCCCUAAGUCAUCUUAAUGCGCCGAUACAUAUACACAUACAGAACAAACAGGGAACUUCACAUAAACACACCCUAACCCUUUAACACAAUAAAACACACCCAAUCGCCAUCAUAACAAAACGCAUAUGCAUGCACACACACAAACACACAAACACAAAGGCGAAGAAGGGACGUGUAAUAAGAUCAUUUAUUCUUGACAAUAAUUUAUUUAUCGUUUAGUCCUGGGUUUAAAGCAGAUGUUUGAACCGGUAUUUUCCUGUAGUAUGUGAUAGUUGUCUUU